UUUCUCCAUCAAUCCGCCCACAAUACCAUCCAUCAAAAGAUGCAGUGUCGAGUGAGAGAAAUAAAGAAAGAGAGGCCUGCCAUUAUUCGUACAAAACCGUGCCAAAUACAGAGCGCGCGGCAGGCCUCGCUCCCCUCCCCUUCGUCUCUCUCACCGUAAUUGAGUGCUAUUAUUGCAUGGAUCGGACAAUGAGAACGCUGGGAGGAGAAAGGGAUUAGAGAGGGGGAGAGAGAACAUGAGGUCCUCUGGUUCUGAGGGCGGCGGUGAGCUUAUCUGCGGAGGUCUAGUCCUCCGCCUUGUGCCGCAUUUAAAGUCCGGCCCACCUUCUCCGACCUCCCUCCCUCGCCGCGGUGCCGGGUUCGCUGCGGGGCGUCUGUAGCAGUUGCUUUGGCACUGUUGUCAAGAACAGAGAAUGGAUGGCACCGCGCCGGUGGUCUUGAAGGCGGCGCCGAGCCCCAAAUCGCCGCCCAGGUACCCAGACUUUUGUGGUCGGAGGCGACUGCAGCUUGAGGUUCAGAUCUUGAACAGGGAAAUCGGCUUCCUCGAGGAGGAGCUACAAUCACUGGAAGGACUUCAACCAGUUUCCAGAUGCUGCAAAGAGUUUGAAGAAUUUGUGGGAUCAAAACCCGAUCCGUUGGUACCUAUAGUUAAAAAACGGCAAAGCUCAUGUCGCCUUUGGAAAUGGCUUAGAUCAGUAAUUUGCUUCCCUAUCUCGCUGCUCUGUUGCUCCUGUUGCCAAAAGAGAACUCACUGCAGUUGCUGCUCUCCUCCAACGGACUGCUGCUCCUCACAUUGCCAACACCCGUGCCCCCGCUGCUGCAUUUCCCACUGCCCUUCUCAGCAAUGCAAUUUUUUACCCUGCUCUUCCUUCUUUAACUGCUGCAACAUUACUUCCCCUUGUCCCUCUUCUUGCUCUUGCGCCCAUCUCCCCAUCCGCCGCCUUCCGCCAUGCUUUUCCUCUACUUGUAACCCUAAAUCUCCCUUCUGCCAUCUUCCUCACUGUUGCUGCUGCCACCCACCCGAAACUUCCUGCUGCAGAAAACCUCAAUGCCCAGCUUGCGAUCUUUCCUCCUGCAUGCCUUGGAGAUGGCGCUGCUGCUGCUGCUGCUUCCGGGAAGAUUCAUGCUCCUUACCGAGGCCAUCGUGUCCGGAAUACUCCUGCGGCUGUAUCUGGUCCUGCCCUAAAUGUACAGAAGCACGGCUCUGCCGCAGCUGUUGUUCUAGUAAGAGCUCAUGCAUCACCGGUUGUCUUUGUUGAUAUGGGUCGAUUGCUAUGCUUGUUUUUUUAUUUAUCUGUACUGCUCUUGAGCUUUUUCUUCAUCUUCACGUUUAUCAUUUUAUUCCAGUACCGCAUGGAGUUGCUGACUGUAUAAAUUAAUUUCU